AUGUAUAAUUGGUUUGCCGAUAUGAAUAUGAAACCGGCGGACAAUGGCGGUGAAUUGACAACAAACUAUAAUUGGACCGCCGUGGCCCUAUUAUUGCUGGCCAUUAAUAGCAUUGAAUUAGCAAGGGCACUGCUGCCUUUGCCUCAUGGUAUACGAGAUGCGGCGGCAGAUGGGAGUCGGAGUGAUGGUGUCGUAGCUGGUCAUAAUGUUGAUGGCAGCAGUGUUGAUAAUGUGAGCGGAAGUCAAAGUAAUUUGCCACAGCUUCAACCAAUAUCAACAACAACAUCCGUUGAAGGCGAAAUGCCAGCAAUUAUUAUUGUCAUCGGUUCAUCGAUGCUGGCCAAUGCCAUUGUUGGCAUUAUUUUGACCAUAAUGUUAAUGUGGUAUCAUCGGGUUGUCGAAAUCAAAAAAUCUCUAGAGUAUUUAUAUGUCAGCUGUACGGUGGCGGUGUUAAUUUUCAUGCUGCGCAUCUAUGAAUUGGCGGAAAUUGUUUAUUAUGAUUCAAUUAUGGAACUGGAAUCGGUAAUACAGGCCUCAGCAGCUGCGUGUUUAUUAUUUUUGGCCACAAUUGAUGGCUUUACAGUUUACAAAGAG